GAAUAAAAAUGGAGCUCCUCCAAGACCGGGUCCUAGGCAGCUUCAGCGUAAAGAAACAGUUUGGGACAAUCUUCAAAAAAAGACUUCCUUCAUGAGUGACAUUCGCGAGUUUUCAGCGGAUACUAGUGCCCAUGGAAUAAAAUUUAUAUUCGAAAGCCCUCGGAAACUCCUUAAAGUCUUCUUUCUCCUUCUGUGGAUUGCCUUCUCGAUCUACGCUUGCUACAUCAUCUGUACCAAGAUACUCAUGUUCGUUAAUAAACCGACCGGUACAAAGUUCGAGGUCGUUGUGGAUGAUAACGAAAGUGAAAAGAAAGGCAUCAAAUUUCCCACCAUUACUGUUUGCUCCAUGAAUAAAGUCAGAAAAUCAUACCUUGAAAAUGAAGAAAACAGACUGUACAAGGAUUACUUCAACAUUAUCGACCAAUACAACGCAAAACAGGCCAAAGAACUGGCCAACAGGUUGAAUGAUCCGAAUGACGAGAUGUUCGCUAUCAGGAACGAAACUUACGAAAGUUUGUUCCAAAAUGGUGGCCCUUCACCAAACAGACUGUUAAAAUGUAUGCAAAAAAACCAGCACUGUGGUCAAAUGGAAUCGUUUAUGGAGAAGGAUGAAUAUGGUGUUCCAAUUGAUGGUGUGGCACAUUACGUUACCAUGCCGACUUCAAGCUCUGGGAAAUGCUGGAGAGUUAACCCUCAAGGCACGUUAAGAGGCAAGAUGGGCGAUUAUGGUGCUCUGACCCUUAUGUUUUGGGCUGACAUCCAAGACUACUCCAAACGGUCAUCUGAUAGUGUAACCCAUGGAUUUAACGUAGUAUUUCAUGACCACGAAACAUACGGUUCAACCAUUUUUUCUGGCUUCUUGAUGAGUCCAGGGACUUAUUACAAAGUUGAUCUGGGACUCAGGGUCACACUGAGAAAUAAACAUAAGGCCGAAAGCUGCAACGCGUCUCUUGUAAAUACCACAUACGGUAUAUACAAUGAGGGAGCUUGUCUUCAAGAAUGUAAAGAUAGGACACUCCACGAAAGGUGCGGCUGUGUCCAAGUCUUACCUCCUAACAACGAGGGUAAGUACAAGGCUUGUUCUUUUGAAAAGUGGGCCAGUUGUGGGCUGUCUACCUACCUUGAGUGGUAUGGAAACUACACCAAUACAGAAGAUAAAAAGAAAGGCGGUGAAGAAAAUGAAUGCGUGUGUGACACUGCUUGCGAGGAGAAGAACUACGAAGCCUCCAUCAGCAGUGCCACCAUUUCAGACAACUGGGUCGAUGGUGUUCAUAAAAACGUUGGUGGAUUUUUGCAAGGGUUUUCACAACCUGACUAUAACGUGACCUAUUCCACCCCUGACGACAUCUUCAAGAAUCUUAUGGUUGUUGAGAUCCUUUUCACCAGCAUGCAAAAAACUCAGGUCAAUGAAGUCAUUACUUACGAUCUUGGCAACCUUUUCGGUGACGUAGGAGGGGUACUUGGACUGUUCCUGGGGGCCAGCGUGUUUACUAUUAUUGAAUUUAUCUUGUUCUGUGUGAUAAGCUGUGCCAAAUACUGCUGCAAGGCAACUGAUUUAGGAUGGCUAGAACUUAUGCCUUGAGGAAGUUCAUGCCUGCACCUAACUGAUUUAGGAUGGCUAGAACUUAUGCCUUGAGGAAGUUCAUGCCUGCACCUAACUGAUUUAGGAUGGCUAGAACUUAUGCCUUGAGCAAGUU